AUGCAAGCGACGCAAGAUCAAGGUAGACUCCCAACUUCCUCCUCCCUGCGGCCUGUGGCCCGCGGCCCUAUUGCUUACGCAUGUUCCCAACCCCGUACUCAUCACGCUAUAAUUCAGUGCGACGAGACGAAACCAAUCUGCAAUCGCUGUAAACAGCGACCGGACAAGUGCAAAUACGAGUUCAAGCUAUGCUGGACGGAAGGAAGGCCGUUCAAGAAUAAGAAUCGUCAGAAAGACAAGGGUCGUCAGCAACAACCAUCCCAAGCACAGCCCAGCGCCUCGGGUACUACUCAAGAAUGGCAGUCCGAGCCUACACUGCGUCCAGCAAAGCCUGCUGUGAACACUAAGCUGGGCUCGGUGAGCGGUCGUGGUACGGGAUCGCUAGAUGAUUCGGUCGAGGAUGAGGUUGACCGCCGGGCAUCGUUGGCCAUGUCCGUGAGUACGUGCUCUGAUUACUCGGUGGCCACGCCGCGGACUGGAAGCUUCGGCUGGGUAGAUCAGUCCAAUUCCUAUGCAUAUCAACAAGACCCAGCGGGGAUGAAUUGGCAUCACUGGCAACCAGUCAAACAUCAACGCCAACCAAAACAACCCCCUCCGCCCGUCUUUCAAUAUGAAUGGCAAGUUCCUCAGAGCAUAUUAACUACCGCAUCACCAAUCAUUUCCUCGUCGGAGAGUCGGUUUUUUCUGCAUCACUAUAUCACCAACACGGCGGGUGUGAUCUUCCCUCUUUCGCUCAAGGCCAACCCUCUCAGCGAGACCCUUCUCCAAUCCGCGAUGAACUCCCCACAUCUGUUAUAUGCAUUCCUGGCAUGUUCUAGCUCCCACUAUAUCAGUCUCCGAGGAGAUCCCACGGGAGAAAUGACCAAAAGUGUCACCAAAUUCACCAACGCCGCCCUCAACGGACUACGAAAGGCCAUGGUUGAUCCCAAUCAGGCCAGCCAACUGAGUACACUAACCACAGCACUUGCACUAUGCACAUCUGAUGUUAUAUCUGGGGGGAUGAAUACCUGGCGAAUCCACCUGUCGGGGGCCAGUAACCUGGUCGCGUCGGUAUUCGAGCUUCAAAGCAACGACGAAUCAAUAAGCACCCACGACCCAACCAAGCUCUUCCUGAUCAAAUGGUUCACCCUCCUCGAUAUCUUUGCUGGCGUCGGCGGUCUUCGCAAGAGUGCCAACGCCGGCAGCUAUUGGUCCCUGCCUACGUCAAAUGACACGGGCGGCUACAUCGACGAAUGGACCGGGUAUUCCUUGGAUCUGAUCCCGAUCAUGUCGGAAAUUGGCAAAUUGGCUCGGAUCCAACGCAAACGAUCAAAAAUCAUGGCCCUCAAUGAUGACGAGUCUGAAGAUGAAGCCGCCAAUCGACAGGCUCACCUAGAUACGGCCGAAGACAUCCAGCGCAUCGAGAGCCAAAUCUAUGGCCUCUACGACCGGACGACACAACCAGAUCUGGAGUUUAACCCGACCACAAAGACGACGGCGCAGGAAAUGCGGCAUAUCCACCGCAUCUUCCUGCACACUAAUCUUCUGCAUCUGUAUCGUCGUGUGCAGGGCUUGCCCAAGGAACAUGCCAAGCCCGCUCAUGCAAUCCACAUGGUCAUUGAGUUGCUGCUCAAGAUUAGGCCAACCUCCAUGGCGAAUAUUCUUUGUCUAUGGCCGGUGUUUACCGUCGGCUGCGAGACCGAAGAUCAAACUCAACGGCAGAUCAUCAAAGAGCGACUCGCAAAUAUGGAGGCCUUUGGGAUGGGCAAUGUGCAGAGUGCGCGGAAGGCGAUGGCGGAGUACUGGGAUUGUGAGGUGAAGGAGAGAUGGGAUAUUUGGCUGGAAGAUCGUGGUUUCGACUUGAGUCUUUUCUGA